AUCUACCGACCGGUGCAAGAUGGCACCGAAAGAACCCUUUUUUCUUCUCGGGUUUUUGCUCUUGUUUUGUUUUUUAAUGUCCUUUUCCAAUGCGAACUGCCCCAAAACCAAUUCUUCCCUCCUCAACUACACAUCCCAAUUCUUGAUGGUACAACACCAAUUGCGUGGGGUACUUACUAUCCUAGAUGAUUGUUCCUUUAAGGUUUCCCAAUUUGAUAUGCUUCAAGGCUCGGAUAAUGUUAGCUGGUGGGGUGCCUCGGGUGAAACCUUCGAAAAUCUCACUCGGGGUUUUCUGAUCUCAGAUCAUAAGUUGAAUCAGACCUAUAAAAAUGAUAGCUUUACUGUUAAUUUACUGAAAAAUGUCACUUGGGAUCAGAUCAAAGUUCUUUCUGUUUGGGAUUUGCCCACUGCUUCUGAUUUUGGUCACGUUGUCCUUGGGGGGAAUUCUUCCUCCACCAAUUUUAAUGGGACUGGUGGUCCUUUGACAGUUACAAUGUUCGAUAAUUGUAAAGUUUUGUCGAAAAACUAUAGGGUUAGGUGGAAUUAUAGUGAAGAUAAGGAUUUUAUUGAUUUUGGGUUGGAAGGUGCUAUUGGGAUUCAGAACUAUAUGGCCUUUGGUUGGGCAAAUCCCAAUGCUUCCGAGAAGUUUAUGGUGGGUGGAGAUGUGACUGUGAGUGGUUUUAAGGAGAAUGGAAUGCCAUUUGCAGAGGAUUAUUUCAUAUCAAAGUAUAGUGAGUGUGUGGUGAAUGAGGAGGGGAAGUUUCAGGGGGUUUGUCCUGAUUCCAUGCUUGAUAGCUCUGAUCCUAUUGGUUUGGUUAACAACACGAGAUUAGUUUAUGGGCAUAGGAAGGAUGGGGUUUCUUUUAUAAGGUUUAGGAGGCCGCUGAAGAGUGUUGAUGGGAAGUAUGAUUUGGCUGUGAAUCCUAAGGCUAAGAUGACUGUGAUCUGGGCUUUGGGCUUGAUAAAGCCGCCUGAUAGUCUUCGCCCUUUUUAUCUUCCUCAAAAUCAUGGUGGUACUUUUGGACACUUGGUACUUAACAUAUCAGAGACUGUGAAUGAUUGCUUGGGACCUUUGGAUGCUGAAGACAAGGAGGACCAAGAUCUUGUCAUUGCUGAUAAGAAGGAACCUCUAGUUGUUUCGACUGGGCCAGCAUUGCAUUACCCCAAUCCGCCUAAUCCUUCAAAAGUUCUUUAUAUUAACAAGAAGGAGGCUCCUGUUCUUAGGGUUGAGAGAGGGGUUUCAAUCAAGUUCUCCAUACAAGCAGGGCAUGAUGUUGCAUUCUAUAUCACCUCUAAUCCACUUGGUGGAAAUGCUACCUUGAGGAAUAUGUCUGAGACUGUUUAUUUUGGGGGACCAGAAGCUGAAGGAGUCCCAGCAAGCCCUACAGAACUGACAUGGGCGCCUGAUCGCAAUACACCAGAUAUAGUUUAUUAUCAUUCUGUCUAUACGCAAAAGAUGGGUUGGAAAGUUCAAGUAGUUGACGGGGGUCUGCCAGAUAUGUAUAACAAUAGUGUUGUUUUGGAUGAUCAGCAAGUCACACUUUUUUGGACAUUAUCAAAAGAUUCAAUAUCAAUUGCAGCUCGGGGUGAAAAGAAAAGUGGUUAUCUUGCAAUAGGUUUUGGACGUGAAAUGGUACACAGCUAUGCUUAUGUGGGUUGGAUUGAUGAUGAUGGAAAAGGAAGGGUGAGCACAUAUUGGAUAGAUGGAAGGGAUGCCUCUAGUUUGCAUCCAACUCAGGAGAACUUGACAUAUGCAAGAUGCAAGUCUGAAAAUGGUAUCAUCACAUUUGAAUUCACCCGUCCGUUACACCCAUCUUGUAGUAAAAGAGAUGAAAGGCCAGAAUGUAAUAACAUUGUUGAUCCUACAACCCCUCUUAAAGUUAUUUGGGCAAUGGGUGCUCAAUGGUCAGACAACCACUUGAGCGUUACAAAUAUGCACUCUGUCACAAGCAAGAGGCCUGUUCACGUGUUGCUUAUGCGUGGUUCUGCUGAGGCAGAGGAGGACUUGCGGCCAGUAUUAGCUGUACAUGGUUUUAUGAUGUUUCUUGCGUGGGGUAUACUGCUUCCUGGUGGUAUUCUAGCUGCAAGAUACUUAAAGCAUGUCAAAGGUGAUGGGUGGUUUCAACUUCACGUAUACUUGCAAUACUCAGGAUUAUCAAUCGUUUUCCUUGGUUUUCUUUUUGCUGUAGCCGAGCUUCGAGGUCUGUUCCUCCACUCAUUACAUGUGAAGCUUGGAAUGCUGGCAAUAUUGUUGGGUGUUGUGCAACCAGUAAAUGCCUACUUUCGACCUAAGAAACCUGGUGCUGGAGAGGUGGUUUCUUCAAGGAGGAUUCUUUGGGAAUAUAUGCAUGUCAUUGUUGGCAGGUCCAGCAUUCUUGUUGGGGUUGCAGCUCUUAUCACUGGAAUGAAGCAUUUGGGAGAAAGAUACGGUGAUGAAAAUGUUCAUGGACUUACUUGGGCUCUGAUAAUCUGGUUAUUGGUUGGUGCUUUGACAGUAAUUUACUUGGAGUACCGUGAGAAGAAGAGGCGGCAGGAUAGAGUAUCUGGAGGAAGCAGUUGGGUAUUGGGUAACGGUGAGGAGGAGGAUGUCGAUCUCUUGAGUCCAAGUCGGACAGUAGCAGAAAAAGAUUCAGAUUUUUCUGAAAGAAUGGAAGUGCAGUUAGAACCUUUGAGCAGAUAGAAACUCCCUUUGAAGACUCGCCUAGGAUAUAAACUUGCUCUGGUCCAGCAAUUUUGAAAUCGGCAAAUCAUACAGAAGACAGCAGGCUUUGUUGGUUACAAGGUUUUAGGUGUAUCACAUGUCACGGCUUUGUCCUACUUUUUGUCCCUCGCGAGGCAGCUAAGCUGCUGGAUGUAAUUGUAUACUCCAUACAUUUAUUGGCAUAGUUAAAAAGUAUUCUUUUUAAUAGAAAUCUCUGUAGAAAGGAUUUUGCAGUUCUCUUUUGCAUCUCCUUCGUGUGUAA